CAGGUCGAUGGCGACGCUUCGAUUUCUUGCUCUCCUCUUUUCCUGCUUCUACUUCUGCGUACGAUGCCAGGGGCAGAGGUUUUCUGAUCUCAAGAAUAUGGCAGCUAAUCAGAAGGGCGGCAUUGUCACUGUAGGAAACGAAUUCAAGGACCAAGCCGGCGAGAAGUUCAAGGAAAGGACGGAAGAAGUAAAGUCUUCCCUGCAGGGCUUAUUCGAUCCUGUUGGUUCUCCGGGUAAGUCCGCUUUCUUUCAGAAAGUCAAGAAAGAUGGCAUUGAUUCUGUCGAGCUUUUCGAAACUUUGUUCAAGAGCAAAGCGUUUGAGAGCAUUUUGGAAAAUGUCGAGAUUCAGCACCGAAUUAUCGAGGGAGUCCCUAUUCUGGGAGCUGUGAGCGGAUUCCGUGAAGCUAGAGGGCGCCGUUUGACGGAUCAAGAGACAACGGCUGGCUUCAGCAAAGGCGUUCGAAAUCUCCUUGAAAUGUUCAAGACAUCAGCAAAGCAUGCAUUGGUAAUUUAG